CAUUACCAGACGGACCUAUUCUCAAGUGACAUAGGUGGUAAGUUUCUGCAUUCGACAUGGCUUGAUGGAAAACAGGAAAAUAGAAGAAUUUAGAAGUAAACUUGUGCUUGCUUCGGUGAUCAUGUUUAGAUGUCAGAUGUGUGGAGUUAAAUAAUCGAGUCGAACGGGCGCGUUUCAGCUGAAAACCUGCAAAUCUGAGGAACCAGCAUGACUGAGCAGAGGCUGCUGUUUAUAGAUAUAGAUACUCAGUCAGUCAGCUCCACACCCGCAGAAGGCCGAGCCGAGAAUCCUCUCUGGACCCGCAGUGACAACACCUUCAGAUUUAACUUCCUUGCCGACAACGUUCAGGAGAAAACAUCCCCAUCAGACAGCACUGAGACAUCAACAAGCCAGAUAUCCUUCGCAGGGCCGGGAUCAGAUUUUGCCUUCAACUUUCAAAUCCCGCCUGCAGAAGACAUGGACACGACAGAUGCCACCGCCAACGCCUCUUCUUCAGGCAGCCAGCAGUGCAUCCAAGAUGAAAAGCCUUCUGGUUUGCAGGAGGGUAAGUCUGCAUCUGAACCGUCUGUGCAGUCAAAAUCAAAGAAGAAGAAGAAAUCUGGAAAGAAAAAAACAUCUGAGCAACCGCAGAAGCCAGCUGAGCGGAGUCCAGGAGGAGAAGAAGCAGAGCUGAGUGCAGAGGAGCAGCUGAACAGGCAGCUGGACUGGUGCAUCGAGCAGCUGGAACUGGGAUUGAAGUGCCAGAAGGGGACACCAAAGCAGAAGGAAGAGGCCUCUCGUGCCCUGAAAACUCUGCGGAGCUCCAAAGCUCCUCUGGCAAAGAAGAGGCAGCUGAUGAGAGCCAUGACCGGAGACUACAGGAAGAAAAUGGAAGAAGAGAAGAGCAGGCAGUUCAAACUCAUUCAGAAUGAAAUUGCAUCAGCUCAGGUCAAAGUUGUAUCAGACUCCCCAAAGAAGUCUGUGUUCCACCGGAGAGCUGAAGUGAAAACGCAGACACCAGCAGCAGAAGAAAACCUGCAGCAAACUGCAGCCCAGACUCAGGAGGAGACAUCAGCUUUUGUCUUUACUCCAUCAAAGGAGGAAUUUCGAUUCAAUUUUCUUUGAUUUUUUUUUCUGUCCCGAAGACAAUCCUUACACCAUCAGCGAGUGGCACUUACCUGAACAGUCUGAACUGUGUGACGGAGACUCUGGUGAUAGAAAUGUUAAAAAAGCAUAAAAACCCAUAAACUGCAGCUGAAGAUAUGCAGAGAAAACAUACUGAAAUUACAAGUCAUAUUCAAAAACAUUCGUUCUUUCGGUUUGUACCAUAUUUCAAAAUAAAAAUGUGUGUUUUUGCUUUAA